CACACACACUCAUACACACACACACGCCCCCCCCUCUUUGCCGAUUUGAAUAUUAAAUAAACACACAGCACACAGUCGCGCAAGAAUACAAGAUUUUGCGUCUGUGUGUGUGUGUUUUUUUGCACACAAGGACAGAUCCCGAUGAGAGGACUACCAUGUCCUGUCCUCUCCGGGCCUGUGAGGAAGACGAGGACACGGCGCUUCAUUGCGAGGGAGGAGGCUUCAAUGAAGACGACGACAGAGACUUUUUAGACCGGAGAAGCGACAUCAACUCGCCGGCGGCGCCUUGGCAAACUGCAGCCGCGCCAGACGAAGAGGAAGGCAUAGCAGAUAGGGAAGUCACUUGCAAAAAGAAAGGACGGCCGAAGAAGGACACCAAGAAGGAGGACACCAAGAAGAAGGACAAAGAGGGCAAACCUGUCAAGGCCAAAAAACGCAAAAAGAUUGACAGCGAUGUAGAGAGGGACUCGGACAGAGACUUUGGCGAGAACUCCGACAGCCUCGCCAGCGACUAUGGAUCGGGUGAGAAAAAAAAGAAGAAGAAGCAUAAAGAAAGGAAAGAGAAGAAAACCAAGAAGAAGAAAAAGGACAAUGACAGCAGUCCGGAAGAGACCAUUAAGCAGCCCGUAGAGCAGAAGACCUCUGCCCAGCUGGCUAAGGAGUGGGGUCUGGAGGAUGUAGCGCAUACCUUCAGCCAGGAAGACUACAGGGAGAUCACCAACUACAAAGCCUUCAGUCAGUUCAUGAGGCCAAUGAUUGCCAAGAAGAACCCAAAGAUCCCCAUGUCUAAGAUGAUGACAAUCCUGGGGGCCAAAUGGAGGGAGUUUAGCUCCAACAACCCUUUCAAAGGCAAUGGGGCUGCUGUCGCUGCGGCCGCCGCAGCUGCCGCCAUUGCCGUCGCUGAACAGGUGUCCUCGGCGACUGUCUCGCCUGAGCCGCCGCUCCCGCCGCAGCCCCCGCCCAUUCGGAAGGCUAAGACUAAAGAGGGCAAAGGUCCAGGUUACAAAAAGCGCAGUAAAAGUCCUCGAGUCUCGGACAAAAAAAAGACUUUAGCUGCAGCCAAGGCUAAAAAGAUGGCACCCAUUCGUAUCAAGCUUUCGCCGAUAUGCACUAAAAGGAAGAAGAGUUGCUCUAGUGAGGACAUGGACGAGGACGAGUCGGAGCAGGACUCCAGCGUUCACAGCUCCUCGGUUCGAUCCGGCAGCUCUGGCCGCGUCAAGAAGAACAAGCGAGGGCGGCCGGCUAAGAAGAAGAAGAAAAUUGUAGGUGAUGAGGAAGGGGACGGCUAUGAAACAGACCAUCAGGACUACUGCGAGGUGUGUCAGCAGGGUGGCGAGAUCAUCCUGUGUGACACGUGUCCACGAGCUUACCACCUUGUGUGCCUGGAACCUGAGAUGGACAAGGCUCCCGAGGGCAAUUGGAGCUGUCCACACUGCGAAAAAGAAGGUAUCCAGUGGGAAGCAAAAGACGAGGACUUUGAGGAUUUUGAAGAGGACGUGGAAGACAGAACCAUCUUGGAGGUUGGGGCCGGUGUCCCCGCCAGUGCCGAGGAGGAGGACGACCACAUUGAGUUCUGCCGGGUGUGUAAAGACGGAGGUGAACUGUUGUGCUGUGACACCUGCACAUCUUCCUACCACAUCCACUGUCUAAACCCUCCACUGCCAGAGAUCCCCAAUGGAGAGUGGUUGUGUCCGCGAUGCACGUGUCCACCGAUUCAAGGACGAGUACAGAAGAUCCUUCACUGGCGGUGGGGCGAACCCCCGGCUCCCAUUCCUGUGCCGCCUGCCCCUGACGCACCACCUGAUGAACCUCCUCCGCCACCUAUGAAGGGCAGAGCUGAGCGGGAAUUCUUUGUCAAGUUGGUGGGCCAGUCCUACUGGCACUGUACAUGGAUCACUGAGCUGCAGUUGGAGAUCUUCCACUCAGUGAUGUACAGAAAUUACCAGAGGAAGACAGAUAUGGACGAACCCCCCAGUUUGGACUACAUCUCGAGCGGCGAGGAUGAGAACGGGAUGGGAAAGAGCGAGAAGAGGAGGGCUAAAGACCCGCAAUACGCCAUCCUUGAAGAGAAGUACUACAAAUAUGGCAUAAAGCCUGAGUGGAUGAUAAUCCAUCGCAUCAUAAACCACAGUGUUGAUAAAAAGGGCAUCUACCACUACCUGGUUAAAUGGAGAGACCUGACCUAUGAUCAGUGCACCUGGGAACGAGAUGACAUGGACAUCCCCGACUUUGGUAUUUACAAGACCAACUACUGGAGACACAGGGACUCCAUCAUGAAGGAAGACCCGGACAAACCCAGGAGGAUGAGGAGUAAGAGUCAGGAGGGCGAAGACGAAUCUCCCGCCUCACCAGUCACUGAUCCUACGAUCAAAUACGAGGAGCAGCCAGACUUUGUGACAUUGACGGGCGGCACCCUGCACCUGUACCAAAUGGAGGGUCUCAAUUGGCUUCGCUUUUCCUGGGCUCAGGGCACCGACACCAUACUGGCGGACGAGAUGGGUCUCGGCAAGACCAUCCAGACCAUUGUCUUCCUCUAUUCUCUCUUUAAAGAGGGUCACACAAGGGGUCCUUUCCUGGUUAGUGCCCCACUCUCCACCAUCAUCAACUGGGAGCGGGAGUUUGAGAUGUGGGCACCCGACUUCUACGUGGUGACCUACACGGGCGAUAAGGACAGCCGAGCUAUCAUCAGAGAGAACGAGUUAUCAUUUGACGACUCGGUCGUAAAGGGAGGGAAGAAGUAUUUCAAGAUGCGGCGAGAUACUCCUAUUAAGUUCCACGUGCUGCUGACCUCCUAUGAGCUGGUGACCAUCGACCAGACGGCCCUGAAGUCCAUCGACUGGGCAUGUCUGGUGGUGGAUGAGGCUCACCGCCUUAAAAACAAUCAGUCCAAGUUUUUCAGGCGUCUGAACGAUUACAAGAUUGACCACAAGCUGCUGCUGACAGGAACGCCGCUACAGAAUAACCUGGAGGAGCUUUUUCACCUGCUCAACUUUCUCACGCCCAACCGCUUCAACAACCUCGAGGGCUUCUUGGAGGAGUUUGCCGACAUCUCCAAGGAAGAUCAGAUCAAGAAACUCCACGACCUGCUGGGUCCUCACAUGCUGCGGAGGCUAAAGGCUGAUGUCUUCAAGAACAUGCCCGCCAAGACAGAGCUGAUUGUACGAGUGGAACUGAGCCCCAUGCAGAAAAAAUACUAUAAGCUGAUUCUCACCAAGAACUUUGAGGCUCUUAACUCAAAAGGCGGAGGGAACCAGGUCUCUCUGCUCAACAUCAUGAUGGAUCUGAAGAAGUGCUGCAACCACCCCUACCUUUUCCCUGUCGCCUCCAUGGAAGCCCAGAAAACACCAAACGGUGCUUAUGAGGGUUCUGCCCUCACAAAGGCUUCUGGAAAACUGACGUUAAUGCAGAAGAUGCUGAGGAAACUGAAGGAGCAGGGCCACAGGGUGCUGGUCUUCUCCCAGAUGACUAAAAUGCUGGACCUACUUGAAGACUUCCUGGAUUACGAAGGUUACAAGUAUGAAAGGAUAGACGGCAGCGUCACAGGAGCUCUGAGGCAGGAGGCCAUUGACCGUUUCAAUGCACCAGGCGCCUGUCAGUUUUGUUUUUUGCUCUCCACCCGAGCUGGAGGUUUAGGAAUCAACUUGGCCACAGCAGACACUGUGGUCAUCUUCGACUCAGACUGGAACCCUCACAAUGACAUACAGGCCUUCAGUCGCGCUCACCGAAUCGGGCAGGCCAACAAAGUGAUGAUCUACCGCUUUGUGACGCGAGCUAGUGUGGAGGAGCGCAUCACCCAGGUGGCCAAGAGGAAGAUGAUGCUGACUCACCUGGUGGUCCGGCCAGGCCUGGGAUCCAAAGCUGGCUCCAUGACCAAGCAGGAACUGGAUGAUAUCCUUAAGUUCGGAACAGAGGAGCUUUUCAAAGACGAAGCAGAAGGUAUGAAGAACUCCUCCGGGGACAAAGUGGAGGAUGAGGGCAACGUGAUCCACUACGACAGCACCGCCAUCGAGAGGUUGCUCGACAGAAGCCAAGAUGCCACCGACGACUCUGAUGUGCAGAACAUGAACGAGUACCUCAGCUCCUUCAAAGUGGCCCAGUACAUGGUCCGAGAGGAGGACAAGGUUGAGGAAAUCGAGCGGGAGAUCAUCAAGCAGGAGGAGAACGUGGACCCUGACUACUGGGAGAAACUGUUGCGGCAUCACUACGAGCAGCAACAGGAGGACCUGGCCAGCAAGCUGGGAAAAGGCAAAAGGAACCGCAAGCCUGUCAACUACAAUGACGCUGCGCAGGAAGAUCAAGAGUGGCACGCUGACAUUUCGGAUAACCAGUCGGAAUACUCGGUGGGCUCUGAGGAGGAGGACGAGGACUUCGAUGACCGGCCGGAAGGUCGGAGGCAAUCACGUCGCCAGCUGAGAAGCGAGAAGGACAAACCUCUUCCUCCUCUUCUUGCCAGAGUGGGAGGCAACCUGGAGGUCCUUGGCUUCAAUACUCGCCAGAGGAAGGCUUUCCUAAAUGCGGUGAUGCGCUGGGGGAUGCCGUCUCAGGACGCUUUCUCCUCUCUGUGGUUGGUCAGAGACCUCAGAGGGAAGACUGAGAAGGAAUUCAAAGCGUACGUGUCUCUCUUUAUGCGUCACUUGUGUGAGCCAGUGGCUGACGGGGCCGAGACGUUUGCGGACGGCGUCCCUAGGGAGGGCUUGUGUCGCCAGCCUGUCCUGACUCGCAUUGGCGUCAUGUCGCUCGUCAAGAAGAAGAUUCAGGAGUUUGAGCACAUAAACGGGCGGUGGAGUCUUCCAGAGCUCAAGCCUGAGGUCAGUGUGGACAAGUCCUCCUCCUCCAGGGCAUCCUCUCCCGCUGCCAAGACGGCAACGCCCACCCCAGACGCCAGCUCCAACAACACGCCUUGCACCUCCAAGCCAGGUAAGCAAAGAACAACGCCUGCUCCAUCGGACAAGCCUGAAAAAAACGGCAAAGAGGCAGAAAAGGACGACAAGGAAGAUGGCGAGGCCCAGACAGAAAAAGACAAAGGGAGGGAGAAAGAUGACGGCAAGGAGGAGGAUGCAAACAAGUCUGCAGAUGGUGAAGAGAGCGCAUCUUCCGAUUUAAAAAGUGAGGGGAAAAAGGACGGAGACUUGAACAAGGGAGAGAAGAAAGAAACAAGCAGCAACACAGCAGAGGAGUGCAGUAUGCAGCAGAAGAACGCAGCCGAGUCCAAACAAACUGCUAAACCAGAAGAGCGGGUCAAAGAAGGAAAAACAGAUGAAGAGAAGGAAGACGAAAAGUGGGAAAAAAACACGGAAAAGCCUGACAGGACGCCGCCGCGGGUAGCAGAGGUCACUGAAGCCAAGAAAGAAGAUGUCCAAGGUGACAAGGAGGCUGGGAAAGACGUCAGAGAAACAAAGGUCGACGUUGCCAAGGGUAACGGAAAGAUGCCAGCCGAGCGACCCCGUUUCAUGUUCAACAUUGCUGAUGGCGGCUUCACUGAGCUGCACACUCUUUGGCAGAACGAGGAGCGCGCCGCCAUCUCCUCUGGAAAGAUGAGCGAGAUCUGGCAUCGCCGACACGAUUUCUGGCUCCUAGCGGGAAUCGUCAUCCACGGCUACGCUCGGUGGCAGGACAUCCAGAACGAUCCGCAGUUCGCCAUCGUCAAUGAGCCGUUCAAGUCCCAGGCCAACAAAGGCAACUUCUUGGAGAUGAAGAACAAGUUCCUGGCCCGACGCUUCAAGCUGCUGGAGCAGGCACUGGUCAUCGAGGAGCAGCUGCGCCGGGCGGCCUACCUGAAUAUGACGCAGGACCCCAGCCACCCGGCCAUGGCUCUCAAUGCUCGCUUUGCCGAGGUGGAGUGUCUGGCCGAGUCGCACCAACACCUCAGCAAGGAGUCACUGGCGGGCAACAAGCCAGCCAACGCCGUCCUACACAAAGUGCUCAACCAGCUGGAGGAGCUGCUGAGUGACAUGAAGGCCGAUGUGACCCGACUACCGGCCACGCUGGCCAGAGUCCCGCCCAUCGCCGCUCGCUUGCAAAUGUCCGAGAGGAGCAUCCUGAGUCGGCUGGCCAGCAAGGGAAUGGAGACUCACACCUCCCUGCCCAUCCCUCCCGGACCCUACGCCACCCCUCAGAACUACGGAGCUCCAUUCACUUCAGCACCCCCGAGCGCCCUACUCAUGGGAGGGGCCAACUACAGUCAGAUGCCGCCAGGAUCCUUCAUAUCAGUGCUCAAUGGACCCCCCAUGUCUGUAAAGAAAGAGCGAGAAGGAGGUGAGACACGACGAGAGCAACGCAGCGGCGAGGUCAUCUGUAUUGACGACUAGGUUAAACACACAUGCACACACACACACUCACACACACGCACACAGGAUUUUAAGAAAAACAGAUGACAGUGACUUUCUGACCUGCUUGUGAUUGUAGUCGCAUUACCACACCUACGCAUGCACACGCACGCACGCACACACACACACACCUCCAAACACACUCCUGCAGACGUGCACUUACUGUCCACACACACACACACAUUGCAGUUCUCUUUAUGUGCUUGCCUGCCUCAAACCAUGAUAUUCCUCAAUGAGCUACUGACCUCUCCCCACACACACGCACACACACAUACACGUGCACACACACACACACCAUCUUUGACCCCACCCAUGCUUGCAUGUCGAAUUAAAGUCGCCCCCAGCAUGUGUCCAUCAUCAAAAAGCAGGAAAGAACAAAGGUUAUCUUCCUUCCUUCCUCCCCUGACGUUUUUCUCCAAAUGCACACAGAAAGCACUUGCUGCUAUCUGAUCACGUGACGCCAUUCCCGCCAUCUUAUUUUUGAGGUUUGGUUUAGUGUCGUUUUUUCAAGGAAUCAAAGUUUUGUACUUUUGUUGUUUCUCAUGAAAAAGAAGAGCUUCUACCAACUGUUUCUUAUUACGUUGUUAUAACAAGAAAAUCAAUCAACGCUUUGUCGAUAUUUCACUUUGCAAAAACGAAGAAGUUUGACAAUUAACUUCAGAAUUAAAAUUCUCCUGUCUACACACACACGAACGCACACACACACACACUCACACAAACACACACACACACACACACAAAUAUAUAUAUAUAUAUAUAUAUAUAUAUAUAUAUAUAUAUAAAUAUAUAUAUAUAUAUAUAUAUAUAUAUAUGAUUGGAGGUAUGUAACACUCAAUAGUAACUUCUAACGACAGGAAUGGUUCUUGAAAAAUAACUUUUAUACGCUGCAUCAUUCAAAAGAACAAAAGAAAUGCCUUAAUGAAGUGAACAAAUGUAUAAAGGUAAUUCACAAGCUGAUUCCAACCUUUCAAUUUGACUCAUUUUAAGUUGAAAAAAGACAAGUGGCCAGAACAUUAUUUCCAUUCAAAUGUUUGCAACGCCCCCACACCCCAAAAAGCACUUACCCAACUUUUGCUUUCUUUCUUUUUUUUAAUGAUUUUUUUUUAUGUCCACAUGUCAGUCGCCAAUGAAAGUAUUUACAUAAUAUUCUUUGUUUGUUUGUAAUAAAACUCAAUGAAAUUAGA